ACCCUCACCCCAACCAGCUCGCAGCCACCUACGCAGUUCGCAGUUCGUCACAAAAACAUUAUCCUUUAAUUGUGCAUCUUCGCAUUGCCAAAACGAAGGCUCGAUUAACGAUUCUUUCGUCAAUCAGUGGCUAAAAACUAACAUAGAACGCGAGGCGGUAUCAUUGCGUUGUUACGCCUGAUUCAAUUCGUUAAGGACACCUACACCUUCCGUCCGCCGUCUACAGCUCUAGAGGCAGUAUCGCACCAAGUUGGCUCGGUAUCGCGUGACUCAUUGGAUUAUCCCGAAGAUUUCGAUUAUUCGAUUCGUUACGAUAGUGGUGUCGGAGUGUGGCCGGUGUUGUGAGGCGGUGUCUAUAAUUAGUGCAAGCUCGGAUGCCGGUGGUCCGGCCGCGUGGUAUUCAUGAGGGGGCCGCGAGGUCCUGCUAAGGAGUGAGGAGGGCAUCCGGCCGCAGUGAUGGACGACUGCGACACCAUCUUUUAUGACGAGGACGUCGAAGCUCAGUGCGAAAUGGGUCACUCUGAGUCGAAAGGUGCAAAGAAACGCGACAAAAGCGCCAGUGGCAAUGGCAACAGUAAGCUCACUCGCGGCGUGGCGACUUCCUUCGGGUUCCGCCGACGGCCAGCGAGCACAUCUCGCGCUGACGACAACGCGCGACGCAAGCAGAAACAACACGACAAGAACGGUAAUGGAGGUUCAACAGAAGAUUUGCGCGGAGAUGAUGUUCUGUCGGGCAGGUCUACUCCACUGGCGAGACCCCGCAAGGAGACCGCUGGCCAACCACUACGUACCAACAGGUUCGGUUUCAGACAGUCGCACGCGAAGACGGCGAAGGUGGGCGAUUUGACCCUUGCAGCCGAGCAAGCGUUUGAAGCCCCGAACGACAAGGAUAUGGCACUCAACAACAACGCACUUGAUAAGAAAAUCACGAGUAAUUAUCACCAGCUACCUCUCGUCGCUACGCAAGUGUCAUCAGGAGGCGUCACCAACAUAGUAGGGGCGGCUGGUCUACCGAAGGCCGUCACCAAGCAAACAGUCAUAUUAACUUACCAGACGCAACAGUACGCUCCCCAGGCUGGUCAAACUAAAGCCGACGUGACAGGCGUGCGAGCUGCUCCUCCGAAGACACAACCUCCCGGGAAAUACACAUUCCAAACAAACCAACUUCCGAGACCCCAGUAUCCGGCCGUCAAAAAUAUCGACGCUAAGGCCACUAAACAGGUGGUAAAUAAUACAAGGAAAUCGAACACUACUGAUGGAUGGAGAGAAGGUGCGGGGUCAGCAAUUUCAACGGAUUCGGGUGUAUGGACCGGAGGUGAAGGACCCGCGGGCUGCGAAUCACCGCAUGCGCGCCGCAGACCUCGGAACUUGGAGAUGGUGAUGAGAGGAUCACAUACCUUCCAUCUACGAGAGUUGCAAGUCGCCGAUCUUGAUAUUAUGGAUGACGCAGUAGUUACGGGCCACGCAGUAAUCCCUCUUCCAAAGCUACCCAGUUCCUUCGAUAGUGAGCCCUCGCCAGAUUAUGAAGCGCCGGCUCCAAUCUACGACCCGCCUUCGCCAAUACUACCCAAGCCUAUUCAGAUACCAGAAUUUGAGCAAACGCAGAAUUCCCAUAUGUCAACUCUGGAUAGAUACAGGAAUAGAACCAGACCAAGUACAAUACAGACAAGCUUAGAGGAGGAAAAGUUUGUUCGUGAUAGGGCCCAACCCGAAAAAUUGAAUAAACAGAACUCGUUCGUGAAAUCAUCUAGCGGAGUGCUGUCUCCGACGACCAUUAGUUCGAGCAAAGAAUCUAGUCCCUCGUGCAAGAGUGAGGCGAGUCACUUUGGCAACAGCAGCGCUUGGCAGAGCCACGCUGCUGGAGAAGCUAUGGCUGCCAGGUCCCAAGACGACGUGUCCAUCGCUCUAAGUGUAUCCAGCUGUGAAGAUGACAAAUCUAAAAUAGAGAACAAGGAACCAUUUAAACCACCUGAAGUAGAAGUACCAAAGAAAACAAUCGUUAUUAUGGAUGAAGCCCCGGUGCCACAUCCGUUGCUGAUGAAGUCUUUGACCCUGAGUCAGCAUGACAGCCUGCGAGGCACUAUGAUGGGUUCAAUGACAAGUUCGAACUACAGCACCACAAGCACCUGCACGAAUCAGAGCAUCGACCACCACAACUUGACUCUCACAUUAGAAGAAUCCAAAUUCGACAUGUCCGCCCUAGAGACGUCCACUCAAAGCUUAUUGGAUGACGAAACGUCUCCAGCGGACAGCCUCAUAUCUUCCACCAGCAACAGCGACUCGAAUAACGAGCUGCACGUAGACAGGGACCCCCCUUCCAUAUCAAGCGCAUAUCAAACCUGUAACACGAAGACCAGAACACCGGAGCCGGUUGCGGAGACGCAAGAUAAAGUUGACGGACAGGCUACAGAAUGUGUAAAGGAGAUGAAUGAAAUAGUUCAAAGCAACAGCGAGUCUGGCAGCAAGCACGCCACCCCCGACUCCCCGGGGACCCCAACACACGCCUCGGCCUCCCUGUCCCUGUCCGACGGACGAGAUUUCUUUGACGACGAAAUAGCAGACCAGCCCGCCUUGCUCUUCCGAAAAAAUGCUGACGGCAGCCCUUCAAGCAAGGCCCUGGAUUCAGAAAACAGCAAGCAUCUCAGAAGAUCGAGAGAACGUAUUACUUGCAGUCCAUUGGCGCAGAGGAAUAGAAAAAUUUGUGGACUUCGCAAUGGCGGCGCUGAACGGACUCCAUCCUUGGACACGUUGUCGAGCCUCGCCUCCGACGACCUCAUGAUGGACAAUGACCUCGCACACUCCAUAACCAGCCUUCAAAGCGUCGAUGACUACAUAGAGAGUUUGCAUAGGUUGGACAGCUCCCUCCGCAGCGGCCUCAACUCUUUAGACGAGAGGCAACUACAGCAGGAGUUAUCGUCAUCAAAGUCUGCAGUGCGCCAAUGGAGUCAACUCCUGGAACAGAGCAACAUGUUGGACCGGCAGCUCGCCGCUAUAUCGCAGGGCAUAAGUGCACCGGACUCGCUAACCGCAAGCAACAACAGUCUUACCAGUAUUGGGGCCAGCCUGCCCGUACGCACGGCGCGCUUACUUCAGCGUUCCCGCACUCAGACCCCGUCGGAGGGGGGCGUCAGUGAUGGAAACGCGUCGCCCGCGCCCGCCUCGCUGCUCCAAGACGUGGUCGACAUCAAGACACUGCUGCUGCAGCUUAAGCGGGUCUUACAGGAGCCUGGGGAGGAGCUUCAUUCGAUGAGUAGCGAAACUCUCGACCCGUUGCUAGCGGCGUGCGCGGAGAGCCCCGCGCGCGGCAACGGGCGCCGCCCCCCCGCCUCGCCGCUGCACCCGGACGCUUGCGCUGAGAUGCGCCGACAAAUUAUUUACUUGCAGGGUCAGCUAGAAGAAAGGGACCGAUUGGUACGCGUGCUGCAGUUACAAAUGUUGCGUAUGGCCGAAAGCCACGAGCCUCGCAGCGACGACACAUGCAACGUCGCCACGCAGACCGACCGGCUCCGACCACCAAUGAGCACCACACUAACGAGUUCUGACAAUUCCGGAUUAGUGAGUUGGAAUGAACAAGCUAGUACGAGGAAGCUGUCGUCACUUAGUGAAGCACAAAAGUCUAAGAGACCUGUCACCAACGGGACCGUAAAGUGUCAGUGCGGCGCGAGACAAGCGAACGGGCUCGCCAACGGAGACGACGUGCACACGGACAGACGGACCGACUCCGUGCACUUGCGUACUAACAGCCGCGUCGGCACUAAAUACCUGCAAGCUCUAGCCGGCAGCACAGACAAGCGCUACAUCAAACGAGACUCUUCUCUCGGCGAGAAAUCCGAACGAAAACCCUCUCUGUACACGGCCAGGUCGCGCUCCAUCGAGAACUUCCACAACCAGCUCACGACCGCAGACAGGAUCACUAAACAAAUCGUAAUAGAGGAGAUGCCGCUCGUCAAACAUCACACGUCGUACGGAGACCUGUACACCGGCAGGAUUAGCAGCAAGGAGAGCGUGAACGGCAGCAGACGCAGCCCUGGCCUCACGGGGCAGUCCACCGACACCGACUACAGCUCGGAUGGCGGCUACAAGUCCCUACCCUCGUCCAUCAACUGCAGCACCUCUCCUAAGAAGGUGAGCGGCAUCCCAAGGAGAUCCAUCGAGCAGAAGAUUCUCUCGACAAAGCACGUAAAAGCGAGCGCCAUUUGAACACAAGACGCUGUGCAACUGUGAUACGUCGCGGAUCUCAUACCCUGUCACGAAUAUUUGUUGUUUCAUUGCGACUCUAUGCCCGUUCCCCCAAUAGUUAAUAACCAUUUUGACUUCAGUCUGCUUAGUGCGAGUUUUGUUAAUGUUCUCGAUAGCGUAAAAGUUAAUUUUGUAUGCAGUUGGAACAGCGUCCCUAACGG